AUGUUACCAUCCAGCUUUGGCUCCCCUCUUCCCAGGUUGGAUGAGGCAAGGCCAGCCUGCAGAGCGUGCAGAGGUCACCCAGGAAGGGGAGCUGGCCGAACGGAGAUCCAAUUUUCCAGCAGAAGCCUAGGACCUCGGAGUUAAAAGAUGCAUUUGUGGGCCUUUCAAUGAACAGGAUUCAGAAUAUUCACUGACUGUCUGAGAAGGAUUGUUCUGUAUCAAUGGAAGAGGAAUCAGGGGAGGAUCUGGGGCUGGGCAGGUCAACAGCCCCCAAAGAUUUCCACUUUUAUCACAUGGACCUGUAUGACUCUGAAGACAGGCUGCAGCUCUUCCCAGGAGAAAGCAGCAGAAUCAGGAGAGAAGUAACCCAGGCUGAACCCACCAAUGAGCCAAGAGAGGCAGGGGACAGUAAGAAUCUUCAGAAGGAAGUGGCCGAGCUUGUCCAUUUAUACGGACUUGAAGAUGACCAUGAGUUAGGGGAUGAGUUUGUUGAUGAACACAGACUGGGGUAUCCUUAUGGGAUGAGGAGGAGAGACCCAAACAGAGGGCAGAGAGGCUGGGGGCUUAGCAGUGAGGCAGCCGAGGCUGAGGACCUGGGCUAUGGAGGGCAAGGCCUUCCUGGCCAGUGCCAAGACCUUCGGGAAGCCUACAGGUACACACAUGGCCGUGCCAGUGAAGAGUAUGAAUGCUACGUCAUCCCGGAGGAGGAAGAUGAAGAAGAGCCUGCUGACGUCUUCUGUGUCACUUGUAAAACUCCAGUAAGAACUGUUGAGAAGGAUUUUGAAAUACACAAAGAACAUGAAGUAACACCACUCAGCAAAGCACUGGAAAGUGCCAAGGAUGAAAUCCACAAAAACAUGUGCAAAUUGGAACAGCAGAUCAUUGAGAUGGAAAAUUUCGCUAGUCACCUGGAGGAGGUGUUCAUUACGGUGGAGGAGAAUUUUGGAAGACAAGAACAAAACUUUGAGUCACAUUACAAUGAGAUCUUGGAAACCCUCGCUCAAAAGUAUGAAGAAAAAAUUCAAGCCCUAGGAGAGAAAAAGAAGGAGAAGCUGGAAUCCUUAUAUGGACAACUGGUCACCUGUGGAGAAAAUCUUGAUGCCUGUAGAGAGCUGAUGGAAACCAUAGAGGAGAUGUGUCACGAAGAGAAGGUUGAGUUCUUAAAGGAUGCAGUGGCUAUGACUGACAGACUGGGGAAAUUCCUGAAAACCAAAACAGACGUGGAGCUCUCUGCACAGCCUGAGUUUGAAGACCAGACCUUGGAUUUCUCUGAUGUGGAGCAGCUGAUGGAUUCCAUCAACACUGUUGCAGCUCCCUCUGCUCCAGUGAUAAACCCACAGGCCCCCAACUCGGCCACAGGAUCCUCCGUCCGUGUGUGCUGGAGCUUGUACUCUGAUGACACUGUGGAGAGCUAUCAGCUGUCCUACAGGCCGGUGCGAGACAGCUCACCUGGCAAGGAGCAAGCAGAGUUUACCAUGACAGUCAAAGAAACAUAUUGCUCAGUGACAAAUCUUGAGCCAAAUACCCAAUAUGAAUUUUGGGUGAUAGCUCAGAACAGGACUGGCCCCAGCCCCUCCAGUGAGCACGCAGUAUACAUGACAGCCCCAUCUCCCCCCACUAUAAUAAGCGAGGCGAUUAGAAGCUGUGAAGAGGCUGUGCUCAUUUGCUGGGAGUCUGGGAACCUGAAUCCUGUGGACUCUUACACAGUGGAGCUGAUCCAGGCAGAAACACCGGAAGCCUCGGGAGUGACUGAGUCUGUCGUAGGCAUACCAACCUGUGAGUCCCUGAUACAGCUGCAACCUGGACACAGCUACACCAUCUACGUCCGAGCCCUCAAUGUCGGGGGCACCAGUGCCAGGAGUGAGCCUGCGACAGUGCACACCACAGGAAGCUACUUCCGGCUGAACAAGGACAGCUGCCAUCCUUGGCUGACCAUUUCUGAAGAUGGGUUUACAGUGGUUCGAAGUGAGAAGAAAACUUUCAGAAGGGAGCUGCCACCCACCAAGACCCAGUUUACCAGGUGUGUUGCUGUCAUUGGAAAUCUAAUUCCAGUCCGAGGACGCCAUUACUGGGAGGUAGAGGUCGAUGAGCGUCUGGACUACACUAUUGGUGUGGCCUGUGAAGAUGUCCCUAAACAGGAAGACCUGGGAGCAAACUGCUUGUCCUGGUGCAUGAGACAUACAUUUGCAUCCACAAGGCACCGGUAUGAGUUUCUGCACAACAGGACAACUCCAGACAUACAAAUCACAGUUGCUCCAAAGAAGAUUGGUGUUCUGCUGGACUAUGAAAACUCCAAGCUGUCCUUUUUCAAUGUGGACAUCGCUCAGCACCUGUACACCUUCAGCUGUCAGCUCCACCAAUUCGUGCACCCCUGUUUUUCUUUGGAAAAGCCUGGGUGCCUAAAGAUCUGCAAUGGCAUCUCUAUGCCAAAGCAUGUCACUUUUUUUUAGGCCCUGUGUUUCUGUCCUCUCCCUCAGCCACCUUCGCCUCGUUGGUUGAACUUGGUGUUCAAGUUUCCUUCAGCCAGCACAAGCUAAAGUUCACCUUAGUGUCUGGUAGAUGGUGAGCUGGGGCCAUUUCACCUGAUGUGGACUUGUCCUGUGUGGUUCCCUGCAUGAUGCCAGGGGAGCCAUUAUCAGACCAGACUGUCUGAUGAGGAGCUAGACUCUGAAUGAGCGGGCUCUUGUGGGGUCAAAUUGCACUUGUCUGUUUGUGGAUAUGUAAAGCAUUAUGAGUCUCCUAAACCUACAGACCUAGGGAUAGGGUCAGGAAGUCAUGACGGCUUCAGCAGCCCCUGCACAUUUGUGAUAUUUCACCGUUUACCUACAAGCCUGAGAAGGCAAGAAACUGCAGAAAUACAAGGAAGUCAGGCACAAAUCUCAAGGCCAUUGUGGCAAACUGAGUAAGAAUGGUCCCAACUGGCUCAUAUAUUUGAAUGCUGAGUCAUCACAGUGGCACUACUUGAGAAGGAUUAGAGUGAUUAGGAAGUGUGGCCUUGUUGGUGGACGUAUAUCACUGGGGGUGAGCCUUGAGGUUUCAAAAGCCCAUGCCAGGUCCAGUCUGCCUGUCUGCCUGCCUGUGGAUCGGGAUGUACCUCUCGGCUACUGCUCCAGUGCCAUGAGAGCUGCCACCACGCUUGCUGCCAUGAUAAUGGACUAAGCCUCUGAAACUGUAAGCAAGCCCCGAUUCCAUUUAUAAGAGUUGUCUUGGUCAUGGUGUCUCUCUUCACAAGCAAUAGAACAGUGACUAAGACAGGAGUUGGUACCAGGUCCCGGAGUACUGCUGUGAAAGGCCUGACCAAGCUGUUUAUUGGAGGAAUAUGGAAGAUUUAUGGACUUUGAACUUAAAAAAUAAAGCAGUUGGCCUUAAUGGGAGCGUGGAAGGCAGUGCUGAGGGUGAUUUGAACUGUGGGGCCCAGAUCAAGAAGCUUGAGGAGGAUGAACAUUAGUAAGUAGCCUGUAGACCAUUCUUGUGCUAUUUUGGUAAAGACUGUGGCUGCUUGGUGCCCUUACCCUAAAAGUCUGCCUGAAGCUAAACUGACUUUAGGGAAAGCCCCCACUUAGUUAUGCUUCCAACUUGUGAAUGGAAUUAAAGAAAAGCUUAAGCAGUGAAGGAAACAGAAAGCUGAUGCAGAUGUAAGUAAUGGAGGGGACCAUGUUCCAGCCCCAUCAAGCAAUAGAACUUGGCAGUUUCAGCCUUGUGUUUCUGGCUUUAGAGUCAAGGCUAUAAGGGGCUGUGGACUCUCCCUCCACAGCUAAGGAAAGCCACUAAAGCCAGACUGUCCCUGCAUGGAGGCCCAGAGAGAAUGUGAAGCUGUGAAGGUUGACAUCCGAUUACCUUGGAAACCAAAAGAUGUUGAAGAUGCCAGUUGUCAUGGGAUACCUGCCAAGGAGAGCUGCUAACAGGGUGGGAAGCAGCCCAGGAGAAAGAAGUGUUGCAGUCAACAUGACUGAAAGGCAUUGGAGUUCUGAAGAGUGCUUUGACAUUAGACAUGUAGAUGCAGAAUUUAGUUAGCUUUUGGGCUUAGGUCUUGCAUUGGUGCAGUGUUUCCUCAUUAUGCUCCCCUUCCUUCCUCUGGAAUGGUACUGUAUCUUCUGUGCCACUGUUAUGUUGGCAGGAAGUAUGUGAUCUGCAUUUUGAUUUUGAUUUUACAGGGAGCUACAGUUAAGAAAUUGUUCUGAGUCUCAGAAGAAACUUUGAAUUUUUAAAGUGUCAGCACAGCAGAACAUUGACUAAGACAGCCGCCCACCACCCCGAGAUCCCUAACAAAAGUUGGCAGCAGCAUGUAAGCCCCUCCCAUUGUACAUGUUCUAUGACACCAUCUCCUCCUUCGUGGUGGUUCUGACACCACUCUAAUUUUGAGAUUAUCUCUAAGAUGCCUAACGGCAGCUGUGUGUGCCUUGUUUACAACUCAACCUUGGGGGCUAACACGCCAACAGGUGCACACUAACACAUGCUGAGCACACAAGCACUUUCUCCUUGUUCAACCACUGCUCUCUGGCUUCAUGCCACCCUUGGGAAUGAUGGGCAGGGCUCAUUCAAAACUACAGCAAAGCGCCCAUGGCAGGGAGGAAGAAAACCUCGAGAGGCAAUGUGAAGGAACGGAAGGUCGCUUCCAACCUUCCUGCAGCUCAGGGGAGCAUCAAACACACACACACACACACACACACACACACACACACACACACACACACACACACACACACACAAGUCUACUUGCAAAUGUGGUGCUUUCCUCGUGUGCUAAGGAAGGGGCCAGGGACAGAUGGAGAUACGGGAAAGAACAAUAGUGAUGAUUCAUUCUAGGUUUUCUCAUGAAAUGUGAGCAGUCAGAUUUGAAACCAAGAACUGGGUCUGACCACUAUUUUGUACCUACUUUGCUUAAAACCUUAUAGAUCUGUUUCCCUUCAAACAAAGGAAAUGUAGUAUCUGUCUCAUAGAGAUGCUAGGUAGCAAGUAAUAAAUGACAUAUAAUAUACAUACAUACAUAUGUUUUGAAGUAAUCAUCAGCCCACCAAAAUCAAAGCUGGGUCCUAGUGAGAAGAACACCCUCUAGUCAGCAGCUCUCGGGUGCCAUUUAGUGACCAUGGCACCUAGCUCCAUCACCUACAUUCCUGACUCCCCUGUUCAUGCCCCACACAUCACUGUCAAAGCAAGAACUCUACUUGUAAAACAACAAGAGACUGUGUUGAGUCCCAUGUCACAUGAUGCCACCCAAUUCAGGCAAGUCCCACUCUGACCACCCAUGGUUUCCUUGAAGGGAUCAGCCUUCUCUUUAGUGUUUCCCAGCACACUCAAUACAGCAACAACCCUUGUCUCCUUCAGGAUGAUAUUAGCGUGAGCAGCAGUUCGGAUUUCUGAUUAUCACUUGCCCAGAAAGUUUAACAGCUUCUCUGUGUGUCUCUGUCUCUCUCCCUCUCUCUCUUACACACACACACACACACACACACACACACACACACACACACACACACACACACACACACACACCCUGCUCUGCCAAACUGGGCCUCCUACCUUACACAGAAUUGGCUGAAACUGUUAAUAAAAUAUGCAUGUAUAUAGUGAAAGGUAUUCUCAGCUACUGAAGUAGAAACCACCAAACAGGAAAUGUGGAUCACAGACAUGGCCAGUUUGACUUCAGAGUUCUAGUGGGAUCCUUGGAAUGUACCACACAGAGCACAAGCAUAGGUAAAUGGCAAAAACAUGACACCUGGUAAGAUUUUAAUACUUUUAAUUUAACAAGAUAUCUAGAUCUUUGACAUUUAAAAUAUACUUAAACUAGGGGGUUGCCCAACUUCAAGAAUCACAGUUACUAACCAUAAAGAACCUUUGUUUAAGCAUGUUAUCUUCAAGAAGAAAAGAUAAAUCUAAAAAAGGGGGGUAAACGUGCUGGAUUCUGUGAUAUAGUUCAUGUCCUUACAAUCCUGUGCAGAAGUUGAUGAAACUAAAUUUCAACCAGGGGCAGGGUUUACCUCAUGUCCAUGUCCAGCUGCAACCUGCUGAUAAAUCUGUUAGAAAAACAGAACAGAAGAACAUGAAAAACAUUAGGCUGGCUGGCCUUGAACUCCUGCCACCACGCCCAUGGUAGAGAAGUAUUUUUACAGAUAGACCUCUAUGACCAUGAUCCUUGAUACUGGGCAGAUUUUCCAAACUACACUAACGCCUGCUCGUCUCCCAGCUUGCCCUGUCUCGGUGUGUAACUCCUGACUGAGUCAUCACACAAGUGCUGCUUCCCACCCUGGCAAAGGGGAACGAGUCUGUAGAGCUUCACAGGACCCUGGUGGGAACUAGCAAUCAUUCAAGCAUUAGUAGUUAAGACUGUCCAGAAUGUAACAUCUUCAGCAGACAAAAUGACAAGUAGUUAGGAAUGUGGGAUAUAAAACAGUACCGACUUCUGGGAAAAUUAAAUAGUU